UCUCUCAUCUUCAGCACACACAAACACCAAUAAUCUUGAUCAUCUUCAACAGAUAAUUAAGUCAGACCAUUUCAAAGUUCCAUAAUGGCCUCCAGAGCUUUCUUGAUUACGAUCAUCGUCGUCGUUGCAGCAGCCGCUCCAGCUUUGGCCACGGAUUACAUGGUUGGAGACGACGCCGGCUGGAAUUUAGGCGUUAAUUUCACUACAUGGGCCGCAGGGAAGGACUUCCGCGUAGGCGACACUAUCAUGUUCAUGUACACACCGGGAACUCACAACGUUUUGAAGGUGAACGGAGCUGAUUUCAAGCAAUGUGUUUCCUCAAAUGCAUCAGCAGUCCCUUUAACGUCAGGAAAUGACGUGAUUGCCCUUUCCACCCCAGGGAAGAAGUGGUACAUUUGUGACGUUGCCGACCACUGCUCCAAGGGGAUGAAGCUCGUCAUCACCGUCUCCGAAGCUGAGGCCCCGACCCCCGCCCCCGUGCCCGGAUCGCCCUCCCUAACGCCACCAGCGACGUCGACGGCCGGUGGAGUCUCUCCAUUGAAAUCUUGUGUGUGGAUGGUGACGGUGAUGGCUGCCUGUAGGAUGAUCAUGGCUUAAGUAGAAGAGAGAAAUAAGCUUUAUUUUGGCAUUGGACUUUUCAUCGAUUCUUUUUCUUAUAUCUUUUUUCGUUUUUAAAUUAUUUUUGGGAUUUGUGGACAAGAUAUUGUUUUCUUGUUCUUUUUUAAAUAAAAGUACAAAUUAUUUUAUAUAAUUA